AUGAAGGUCAUCGAGUUCCAGAUCCCCCUCCCUCUGACGCUCGAGAUGUACGAGCGCUGCUGCGUGUACUUGGUGACUAAGGCCAGUAUGAAGGAGGUGGAGAGCGGCGGCGGCUUCGAGAUAUCGAGGAACGAGCUAUGCGAGCAAGAUGGUGUGCUCGGUCGUCUGAUGGAGAAGCGGUUUUACUUCGGCAAGAGUCUGCCGUCGUGGUUGCAGUCGCUCCUGGGUAGGGAACUGACGAUUGUGAGUGAGCAUUCGUGGUCAGUGUUCCCGUAUACCAUGACCAGCUACUCCAACAAGAAGCUGACGUUUGAAUUUUGCUUUGAGUCGAUAACGAAUGAAGGCCUCGAACCGCAGGAGAAUGCACUGAAUCUCAACGACAAGGACCUGUCCCGCCGCAAGGUGAUUGUGUUGGAUAUCACCGAGUUUAAGAAGUGCAAGCUGUACGACUCGCAGUUUGACGUGACUGUGAAAGAAUCGCAACACACAGACGCGCUGCCAAUGAAACCCGGCUGGUGGAAGCAGCCGGGUAGCGUGGGUGUAAUUGCGCACAAGGUUCUGAAAGUGGAUAUUCCGUACUUUGGCUUCUUAUCCUCGCGCGUGGAGAACUACCUGGUGAACUACCUACAGGACAAGUUGAUGUUGUACGUAUGUACCGCCAUGUGCUCCAUCGACGAAUGGUACAACGCCGACAUCAAAUAUUUGCGGAUGAAGGAGCAGGAAUGCUACGACGUGUUAAACCAGAAUUUCCGGGAGCAGUACGGUCACAUUUUCCGAGAUAGCCAGGAGUUGCCGGCGCAAGAUACGCCAAAGGCUUCAAGCUCGUCUAGCUUUGAAGAGAAGCAGCGUGAAGCAAAAUCUCCGUCUAUGGUAGAAACUGCAGUGAAGCCUCAAGAGAGGCUCCUGCUCGUGCCGCUGCUGCUCGUACUCCUGCCGCUGCUGUGCCUGAUCGUGUUCCGGUUCAGGUUCCUGCUGCUGCUCAUGUUCAUGUUCCAGCUCCAGUUCCAGCUCGUGUUCCAGUUUCUGCUACUGCUACCUCGCCUGCUCGUGUUCAUGUUCCUGCUGCUUCUCCUGCUCGUGCUACAGUUUCUGCUACUGCUACAUCACCGGCUCGUGUUCAUGUUCCAGCUCCCGUGCCGGCAAAAUCCGCUGGCGUUGUGCGCCAACAAGUGCCCGUACCAUCAAGCAAAGCAAAUGAUGCUGCGGUUCCACAGGAAUCCACUGAUCCCAGGGGACGGCGCUGUAGGUGGCGCCUACGUCUCCCGAGCUGUUCGAGUAGUGACAGCUAAAUCAUUCCGGAGCGUCACCGGCGAGGAAGAGUUCUGGGAUUGCAUGGAGGAGCUGGAGGACGCGAAUUCCACGAUGGCAAGUGUGCCUAGCAGGCGUCCGUCGUUGUCAACGGUUUACACAUCCAGCAGCGCCGUCCGUGCAGUUUCUGCCUUGAAACAUGAGGACGAAUAUGUAUCGUCUUCCACUGGGCCUGCCUCCAGCGGUAGCAGGAAGUCUGGGUCCAUGGAGGAGCAUGGCUAUCGUCAUGUACACGAGGAUCGUGCAUCGCAGUUCCGCAUCGAGGCUGAGGACGUCCUACCGAUUCCCGAUGAUCAUUCGGCAAUCAUUGAAUACAAAGUACCGGGCUCUUCGAUCGAUAAUGAAGAAUCGGAGCCGAUGGACUCAGAAAGGGGCGAUCACUCCAGUUCGUCGCUCGGCGACGUGGAUGAGACGGUCGCGCCUCUGGCCGCAGCUGCAGAGCGCUACACCCCAUCGAUGUUCACGGGUUAUCUCUACAAGUUGGGUGGCACCUUCUUCUACCAGUGGAACAUCAGAUACAUCAUGAUUUGCGACGGCAAUAUGCACUACUACGACAGCCGGGAUGACACCCGCCCCAAGGCAACCAUCAGUUUAAUGGACGCGCGCAUCAACUGGGUCGGCCACUACAUGGGCCGCCCGAACGUAUUCUCCGUGACGACCCGGGCCAAGCGGACGUACUAUUGGAGCGCCGAGGAAGAAAGCACCGUGAAGCGUUGGAUUCUGCUGCUCCAGGUGCUCUCCGAGUCGUCUCCGGAGGCCCUCAUGGACGACUUGGCCACGGAGUACCUGUACCGUGUGGAGAAGGCGGAGUCCGUGGGUGGAUGCUCGCCACCUUCGGCGGGCAGUUACAUGGACACCGCGUGA